AUGAGUGAAAUGCGAGGAAUAUCGCCACUUGAGAUGUCGGGAAAUUUGGCUGAAAACUGGAAAUUUUGGGUGCAGAAAUUUCAAAAUUACCUUGUGGCCUCUGAAACAAAUAAGAAGUCGGAAGAGUUACAGUGUGCACAGUUACUUCAUUACAUAGGAGAUGAAGGUUUGAGAAUUUUUAAUACAUUUGAGAUUGAAGCGGAUAAGAAAGGGAAAAUCGGAAAUUUAAUCGAGAAGUUUACGGAAUAUUUUACGCCGAAAACGAAUUUGGUGUACCAAAGGCACAAAUUUUUGACUAGAAAACAGACACAAGGUGAAACGACUCAGUAUUACGUAACAGAAUUGAAGAAUUUGGCAAAAAAUUGCAAAUGGGGAGAGAUAGAGAAUGAUCUCAUUUGUAAUGUCUUAAUUUGUGGAUUGAUUUCUGAGAAAUUGAGAGAAAGGCUCCUUGAAGAUUCCGAAAUGAAAUUGGAUAAAGCGAUAAGGGUGUGCUUAUCAGUGGAAGAGUCACAAAAACAAAAUCAAGAAAUCAGCGAAAAAGGUGAGAUAGGGAUAGUGCGAGCGAGACAGAAGUGCAGUGGUAAAGAAAGUGGGGCUGGUGGUUAUAGUGAUGGCAAGUCAAGAGCAGGUGAGAAGAGGUGGAAAACGAAAAAGGGCAGCAACAACAGCAAAACUACGAUGUGUCAAAGAUGCGGCUACAAUCAUGAAAAAAAACGAUGUCCAGCGUAUACAAAACAAUGUAGUGAGUGUGGUGCUUAUGGUCAUUUUAAAAAAAUGUGUUUCAAGAGAAGCGUAUAUGCGGUGGAAAAUGAGAUAAAAGAAGUGUUCGUAGGUUUAAUAGGUAAAAAACAAAAAAAGAAUAGUUGUAGAGAAUGGAGUAUUGUAACGAGAGUCGAGAGAAAAAAAGAAAUUAAAAUUAAGCUAGACACGGGAGCAAUGGUUAAUGUCAUUAGUCAAAGUACAUUAAAAAGUUUAGGGUUUGAUUUAGAAAAAAUGGAGAACAUUAAUUUAAUUAUAACUAAUUUUACCCACAGAAGAGUUCCUGUGUUAGGAAAAUGUAAGCUAUGUUGUACUUUCCAAGAAAAUGAUUAUGUCUUAGAAUUUUGUGUAGUAAGAGAUGAAUGUCCUACUAUAUUAGGUCUUAAUUCGUGCAUACAACUGAAUUUAAUUAAACGGGUUGAUAAUAUUAGCUGUAAUAGAAUAGUAGAAAGUUAUAACGAUGUUUUUAAAGGCAUAGGUUGUCUGAGGGAUCCCUAUACAAUUAAAUUGAAAAGUAGCAUUAGUCCAGUAGUUCAUGUGCCAAGGAAAGUACCUUUUGCUCUUGUUAAUAAGUUCAAAGCAUGCUUAGAAAAAAUGGAUAAAGAGGGCAUAAUUUCUAAAGAAGAUUAUCCAACAGAAUGGGUUAAUCCAAUAGUGCUUGUACAUAAGCCAGACAGAACUUUGAGAAUAUGCUUAGAUACAAGAAAUUUAAAUCAAAAUAUUUGUCGAGAACAUUAUCAGUUACCCACUUUUGAGGAACUAACUAGUAAACUAGCAGGUGCAAAAGUAUUUUCGACUUUAGAUGCUAUGUCAGGGUUUUGGCAAAUACCACUUGAUAAAGAAAGUUCGGAUCUAUGCACUUUUUCCACACCGUUUGGACGGUAUAAAUUUUUACGUCUACCAUUUGGUCUUACUUGUGCUCCAGAAGUAUUUCAUAAAAAAUUUAGGGAAAUUUUUGAGAUUCCAGGAGUAGAAAUUUAUAUCGAUGAUAUAUUAAUUUAUGCACAUAAUCAGACAGAACAUGACAGAAUAUUGAAACAAGUUUUAGACAUUGCUAGAAAAAAUAACAUAAAAUUUAAUUUGAAUAAGUGUAAAUUUUCAUGUUCAGAAGUUGUUUAUAUGGGUCAUAAGAUAUGUGGCGAAGGUUUCUAUCCAGAUGAUUCAAAAAUUAAGGCUAUCAGCGAAAUGCCGGUUCCACAAAAUAAAAAAGACUUACAGAGAUAUUUAGGCUCCGUUAAGGCAGUUAUUAAAAAAGGAAAUAGAAGCACAAAUUUGUAUUUUACGAAAGGGAUUAAACGCUACUGA